AUAAGUGUCACGCUCUUCGGCAUCGCAAAGGAGAAGUCUGAAAUCUAGAGGUAUCGUCAACGAGAGGAAGAAGAUCGAGGGAAAGUGGAUCGAAGUUGUUGUCAAAGGAUCGCGUCAGGCGAUCUCGAUCUCGUCGUAUUAACUAAUAGUCUCAGUGUUUCAGACUGUCAAAUGGUGUUAGCAUUUUUCCUCGGUCUAUGUAUCGCUUCUGCGGUUGGAUUACGUGGUCCACAUCAUCCAAGAAGCUCCGUUUCUCAUCAUCAUUACUCGCCUCAUAAAGGUGUUAAAUUGACGCAAGAUACAGAAUUGCUUCACGAUGCCACUCACUUGAAGGAAGACAUGGGACCGAUAGCGUCCCAGCUUGAUUUUUCGAAAAUGAGCGAACAGGAGAUUGAAUUCCAUUACUUCAAAGUGCACGAUAUCGAUAAUAAUACAAAAUUAGAUGGCCUUGAAAUUCUUCAUGCCAUUCAACAUACAUUUCACGAACAUAAUGUGGUCGAUGAAGAUGGUAGAAGUUUUGUGGAUGAUGAGCCACAAAUACAAGAAGACGAAUUGCCACGGAUCGUAGGUUUUAUAGACAGAGUAUUGGAAGAAGAUGAUUUGGAUAAUGAUGGUUAUUUAGGAUACGUUGAAUUUGUUUUGGGAAGGCGAAAGGAUCAUAUUACGCAAGCAAAAAGAAUUGGUAGAAAUAAUAUUAAAAAAUAAAAGGACGACCAUGCUCAUUCGUAAAUAUAAAUAUUCUUUAAAAUCGACGAUUCACACGUAUCUCUUUUAUAACAUUGAAUAUGACUUUAAGCACUAUCAUCAGAAAUAUUAUAUUCCGUAGAUAAUAUUAAAAUAUUUUUAGUUAGACAAUUUUUGUAUUUAUAACUGUGUGCCAGUUGCAUAAUUAAAUA